AUGGCGUCUUCUGGGAAAGUAGGAGCGACAGAGAUCCCCAUGGGUUUGGAGCAAAACGGCGACAUUGGUAUCCUUCCUUUGCACCGGGAGUUUGUAUGGGACGUUCGGCUGAUGUUCUUCGCUCCCCUUUGGUGGCUGGCUUUGUUCUGGGUGGUAGAGGCAUUGAUGGCAUUUGCGCACUUCGUCAUCUCUUACACGGCGACGGUUUGGUACUUCUCUCCCCCCGAAGGAGCAGACGAGAGGGAUGUCGGAUGGUUCCCUCCUCUUGUGGCGAUUGGGCUUGGGUCUAUUCAUCACUUGGGAAGCUUUGCUGUCGGCGGCCUCGUCAUGGGGGCAACACGGCCCAUCCGGCUGCUGUUCCCUUGGGCAGCGACUAAGCACUUUGCCUCGACUGACGAUUCAGCUGUCGUUCGAAGCCUGAGGAACAGCUUUCGAAACAUUAUGAGCCCGCUGGCGUUCGUCGUUGACAGGUUCACCUCUUCAGGAUACAUCGAGAUGUCCAUAUCCUCCAAACCAUUCUUCCCUGCCAUGGACAAAUCCCACAUGCGCUUGAUUCAAGCGAGGUCGCCAGCGACGUAUCUGCAUGGGGCCGUAGCAACUGCAUCUGCAAUUGCCUCCCUAUUUAUUUCUCUUCUGGUCGGCAUGAUGACUUACUCUACUCUAACUGCCGCGGAAAAGUACGCAUCGGUUGCUUCGCCAUCUUUCGUGGCAGCUCCUCUCUGCGUCUCCAUCUUCACCGCUGCCAUAAGCUUCAUGAUUGCCAUGCACUCCAUGGCGGUUUGGGAUAUCGUGGCCGACACGUUCAUGUACUGCUUUUUAGUAGAGUCUGUACAGCCACCUGUGGUUGACGAGGACCCCUGA